UGUUUUGUUGUCAGUGCACUCAGAAUAAUAUAAUUAUACGAUGACUGCGAAUCGCGGUGAUGUCAUUGGGUUCAAAUUUCACGAGAUUUUUCACGCUGGCAAAACUUUUGCGGCGCUAUUGCGACAAAAUCGUGCGGAGAAGAAAAUGGUAUCAGAAUUAUUCUCAUCCGCUGAUAAAGCGUUACCGCGAUAAUGAUUUCGAUAUCAAGAGAACGAGUCGCAAUCUCUCGUCGAAUGCGCUGUUUCGCGGUCCUCGCAUUAAAAUACCUCGUGAACCACAAUCGGGGACCCCUAUCGACAAGAUCGAUGAGGAUGAGCAGGAAGAAGGCUUCCUGGAGUGCACGCAAAGGGCAAUUUUAAUAUUGGCGAAAAUCGUGGUGGUAAGCUCGGUCAUUACCACCUUAGUCGCUGCGUAUCUGAUAACGCGCGUGACGCAUACGAAUGUGUUUCCUAUUAUCUUGCAAAGAGGUAUAGAGUUUCUCGGACCAAUUUUCAUCAAGUUCGGCCAGUGGAUAUCCACGCGACGGGAUGUUUUCCCACGCGAUAUCUGUGAUGCGCUCUCGCGACUUCAACGGAAUACGACACCGCACUCUUGGAUGUACACGAAGCGCUUGCUCGAAGCCACGUAUGGCCCUUCCUGGCGGGACUUGUUUGUGAAGUUCGACAACGAAAGAUUGAUCGGUUCGGGAUGCUGCGCGCAGGUGUACAAAGCGUCGAUUGAUUUAAACACGAUGAAUGUCACAGACGCACGAAAAUCUCGGAUAUCGCGUUUUGUGGAAAACAAAACUCUCAAUGGAAGUAAUAAAUUUGCGUCUACCAGUCCGUGUGCUAGGAAAUUACAAGCCGUGGCGGUAAAAGUGUUGCAUCCCGGAAUCAAAAGCCAACUCAAAAGAGACAUCGCGAUAAUGCGCGGCCUUUCCAAGUGCGCCACGUACUUCAUACCGCAAUUACACUGGCUUAGUCUCACGGAUUGCAUCGACGAAUUUGCGCGCAUAAUGGAAGAUCAAGUUGAUAUGCGACUGGAGGCCGUCAAUCUCAUGAGAUUUUCAGCGAAUUUUUCAAGAAGGAAUGAUAUCGCGUUUCCGUACCCUUACAUGCACUUGACUCAUCGUAGGAUCCUUGUGGAGAGUUUCCACGAGGGUUUACCGAUAUCCAAUUACCUCGAACACGAGAACGCCGUUUUACAGCGGAAACUCGCCAAAAUAGGAAUCGCGACGGUUCUUAAAAUGGUAUUUAAGGAUAAUUUCAUUCACUGUGACUUGCAUCCGGGCAACAUUCUAGUCGAAAAAGCGGUUGUCCCGAAGGCGGGCCUGUUUAACACCUUUCGGCGGGUCAUUACCCCCGAUUACGUGGCGGUCGACCCGCGUUUGAUCAUACUGGACUGCGGCCUAGUGGUAUCGCUGAAUGAUCGCUGCCGACAAAAUCUCCGGGAUGUUUUUUACUCGGUAUUAAUGGGAAACGGUGAAAUGGCAGCGCAAUAUAUUCUGGAGCACAGUUCGCACAUGACUCCCGACCCGGACGGCUUCAAACGCUCGAUGAAGAACAUCGUGAAGUCUCAUCUUCGAAAUCCGCUUAAUGUGAACGUGAGUACCGUUGUGACGGAAUUAUUCUCCGCGAUGGUCCGUCAUCGGGUCAAGCAAGACGGAUCGUUCAGCAGCGUGAUUCUCAGCAUGCUGGUGAUCGAGGGUCUCGGUCGGUGUCUGGAUCCUAAUAUUGAUAUUUUCACGGAGAUUCUGCCCUUCGUUGUCAACAGCACUGUGUACAACGACUGAAGGCGAAAUUUUACAUUACAAAUUAACAUUUUGCGGUUUCCGGAGACUUUGUACAAUACAAUGACACGCUGCAAACUAUCUGUCACGAUCUUAUUAUUUUACAAUGAGAUGUUAUACGUCAGGUAUAUACAUCCGUCUUGCAUAAUAAAAUCGAACGAUUACGAAUACUGUUGUAGACCGGGAGGAAUAUCGGACGUAUUCCGGCUUUAAUAAUAGCGGCAUUAAACGAAGAGAACGGCAUUCACGAAGAGAGAAAGGAAGAAAGACGGAGGAAGAGACAGAGAGAAUUCCCAUUUUGAAACGAACCGACGCGCCGUGUAAUCGCAUCCGACAGAAUUCCGGCGAGUGACCAGUUCUCCGUGAUCGCUUCCUGGUUGGUCGACCAGGACGAUCGCAUAUGCACACGCAAGGUAUACAUGUAUCUGUUCCCGCCUUUACACACGCCUAUAUAUGCAUUAAAUGUAUAAUAUUACCGCUCGCGGAAUGGACGGCGGUCGGAUUAUUGAAAUCACAAGUUCCUCUUCUUUUUUUCCCCGCAAAAAUCGAGUGAUUUAUGGAGAUACGUCGCAUGCAAGGCAAAUUGGCAUUUAAAAAGCUGUUGACCCUGUACAUUUUGGCAACAGACAUUGAUAUCGCCUGAUUUAUCGAUUGUUUUCUCUUUAGCAUAAUGAAUAAAGUAGAUAAAGAAACCAAUUUUUCUAAACAUCGGGUUCGAAAAAUAUUUUUAAUGUUGUUCUCUAUUUAUUUAUUCUUCACUUUAUGCUUGUUUUUUAUUCACGCAAGAAUUUCAUUAAGUGGGCUUAUUUAUGCGACGUUAGUUAUUCGUUUAAGAAUUUUGAUUUUGUAUUUUACGAACUGUGUGUAUCCCCAGCUUGUAUAUUUCAUGUUUAUUCGUCAUAAAUGAAAUAAAAUGUAAAA